UAAUACAGAGGGAAAGGGUAACAGUAGUGUGAUUAUAUGAAUUAUGUAAAUAAUUGUGUGUAAAUAAAUCAUUAAUUUAGAAACGUUUACAAAUGGAUCGUUGAUUGAGAGUAAAGGGUAAUUUGAGGUAUUUUUAUGCUACACCUAACUUAUUAGAUUUCACAAUGCUUUCAUUUCAAUAAACUUUGCUGGUAUGAAAAUGGUUUUAUAAAGAAAGCAUGCAUCUUUAUUUAUGUAUUUUAUAGUUCAUUGUAAGCAAUUAUAAGGUAGUAGAAAACAUGUAAGUGCUUUGACAUCAGAUUCAUAUAGCAAUGCAUAGAAUAUAACUGCAAAAAACCACUGGAGAGAAAAUAUUCUAUUUCUAAAGAUUUCAAAAGAGAUAGUUAUCAGCGUAAUGUGAUAUUUUAAAUGUUUUAUAUGCUAUGUUUAAAGAUUUAUGCAUUGAAAUGGACUGAAUAUUUCAUUUGAACUUUUAACAUUCACAAAAAGAAGAUUGUUUAAUAUGCUAACCUUUACCUGAUAAGCAUUGUUACGAGUGUUGAGAAGUAAAUGUAUAUUGCUAGUUUAGGAGUUACCAACCUAAUUAUGCUGACAGUUAUUGCACACCUGUCAAUCGAAACUAGGCACCAAAAAAAAAAAAAAAAAAAAAAUCAAAAAAUCAUGCAGUUUGAAAUGUUUUACAGGAAGUUCCUACUGUGAUAUUCACAGAUUAGGAAAAUGAUAAAAGUUGACAUGUUGACUUGAAAAACAGUACAGUGAAUCGUUUUUUGUUGUUUUUUGUUUUUGUGACUGUACAUUUAUGGUGCAAUUGUGAGAAACAUAGGAAUGAUACAGUCAAAAGGAAUAUGAUGUAAGAAGCUACCUCGACUAACCAUCCCUUAUGUAGAACUAGCACCAAGCAUACGACUAACCUCACAACUUGUUCAAGUACCUGUAUAUACGUGUUCAACAUAGCCAUCCCAUUCUUCCCUUAACCAUGCAUUCCCCACAGUCUCCAUUAGAAAACGGUCGGCGGGAGCCCGAUUCCGAUGCUAUCAAAAUGUUCGUUGGGCAGGUCCCAAGGUCCAUGGAUGAAAAUGAUCUCACAAAAAUGUUUGAACAGUAUGGUCCAGUAUAUCAGUUAAAUGUCCUUCGUGACAAAGUGUCUGGGCAAAGCAAAGGGUGCUGUUUUGUUACAUUUUACACAAGAAAAUCUGCAUUAGAUGCACAGAAUGCCUUACACAAUAUAAAAACUAUGCCUGGGAUGCAUCAUCCUGUACAGAUGAAGCCAGCAGAUAGUGAAAAAAGAAAUGGUGAGCAGAACACUGAAGAAAGAAAGUUAUUUAUAGGAAUGUUAUCGAAAAAGUUUAGCGAGACAGAAGUUAAAAUGAUGUUUGCUCCAUUUGGUAAUAUAGAAGACUGUACGGUAUUACGAGAUCAAAAUGGUCAAAGUAGAGGUUGUGCUUUCAUCACAUUUUCAAGUCGACAAUCAGCUCAAAACUGUAUCAAAAACAUGCAUCACUCACAGACAAUGGAGGGAUGUAGUUCACCAUUAGUAGUAAAAUUUGCUGACACACAGAAAGAAAAAGAACAGAAAAAGUUACAGCAAAUGAAUGCUAAUUUACUGGCCUCAUUUGGAGGAGGGACAGGAGGUGGAGGCUUGAAUCUAGGGCCACAGUAUUUAGCGUUAUUACAACAGGCAAUGACGACUGGAAAUUUAGGCAUGUUUGCAAAUGUCGGGAAUUUAGGUUUAAAUGCUAUGAAUAUUCAACAAUUACUGGCGAUAUUAGCUGCAGCCAGCAACAAUCCAGGCCUUCUGGCGGCGUUAGCUGCCCUUGCCGGCGGGAAUUCAAGUGGCAAUAAUAACUCGUCAACAUCGAAUUGCUCGAGUGCCAGCAAUAAUGCGGCAGGUGACGCCACCGGCAACAUGCAUCUUCAGAAUCUGCAAGGUCUGGCGGCCCUCGCAAAUGCGGCUAAUAGUCCAGGAGGCUUCCAACAGGGCAAUAACAUGCAGGGCAACGGUAUGACAGGAAACAGUAUGCCGGGCGCCAGCAAUAUGCCUGGAGGAAACAAUAUGGCGGGAAACAGCAUGCCUGGCAACAUGGCUCAGACCCUGGCCAACCUGAUGCAGAAUAUGGGAAACUUUAGUAGUGUGUUUGGAAAUAUGGGGAAUAUGCCUCAAAAUAUGGGCAAUGGCCCCCAGGGGAAUAUGCCGGGAAAUAUGGGGAAUAUGUUGGGAAAUAUGGGGAAUAAUAUGGGUGGAAAUGGUAUGGGAAAUAACAUGGGGAAUAUGGGAAGAAAUAUGGGUGGAAUGAAUGGAAAUCAGCAAAUGCCAACGAUGUCAGUAGGCGGGGCUUCCAACAGUCAGAACAAAUCAGCUUCACUCUCUGGUUCCUUGUCAACAUCCAACAGUUCAUUAAGCGGCUUUGCGGGUUUACAAAAUCUUGGCAAUAACAAUAUGGCUGCCACGAGCAUGUCACCAGGCGUCACCAACGGCACAUCUGGAAUGGACGCUUUAAGUCAAGCCUAUACUGGAAUCCAGCAGUACGCAGGUUUGUCAGGUUUGCUCAGUCCCGCUACAGCAUCAUUCCCGAACGCAUUCAGCUCACAAGCAGCACAGCAAUUACAGGCAGUAAAUACACCUGCUGGAAAACAGACUGAAGGUCCUGAGGGAGCCAAUUUGUUCAUCUACCAUUUGCCACAAGAGUUCAGUGACCAGGACCUCAUGCAGACAUUCAUGCCAUUUGGAAAUGUGAUAUCAGCCAAAGUCUUCAUUGAUAAACAGACUAAUCUUAGUAAAUGUUUUGGUUUUGUUAGUUAUGACAACCCGGUUUCCGCCCAGGCAGCAAUACAAGCCAUGAAUGGUUUCCAAAUUGGCAUGAAGCGUCUCAAAGUACAGCUGAAACGACCUAAAAAUGACAGUAAACCAUAUUAGAAGCCAUCUUUAUAGAACAUUUUCAUCAGAAACAUUCAAGUGAUGUCGCUGUCCCUGUGUGCCUGUCGUCGUCAUGACAGCGUGCGUCCAUGCAUAAACGUUCUUCAUGUUGCCUCUCGAGCGCUAGAUGGCGGCCAUUGUCAGCAUCUCGUGUAUACAUGUCAGUCUGCACUUGUCGUCUAUUUAUAAACAAUCAGGAUUUAAAUGGAGCUCACUUUUCCUUUACUUGUUUCUCAAUCUUUCUGGGUACUACGGUGACAUGUUUUGUGUAAAGUUACAGUAACCAUGGUGCAAGGUCUAAGAUAUUAACUGUAUCAUUUAGUCAUGUUGUAUUUGGGUUUUCACUUAGAGUAUUAUGUACAUAACUAUUCAUUUUUACACAAGUUUUGUGUAGAAGCAAAAAAGAAUUUGUGCUUUUUGCCUUGUUACCUUGUUUUAUGAAUGUUUUAUUACAAACAUUUUUUGUACAGUGUUCGCUUUUUGUUACAUUUCUGUUCUUUAGAAAGACUAAAUUUUAAUUUGUUUUUUUGUCCAAAAAAAUCAAUAAAGUAUUGCACACUGCCAGAUUUUAAUUGUACUGAAGCAGUUUGUAAGCUGUCAAAAUCAGAAGUUUAAUCUUUUUUUUACAAGUUAUGUUUUUUUAUUGAGAUUUUAUUGGUUUGUUUAAAUAGCUUGUAAUUUGUUUUAUUUUCAACCUAAGAUAUUAUAGAUUGUUAGAAUUAUUUCGCACAAAAAUCACAGUUGAAAAAUUCAUACAAUUUUUUGCUAGCAUUUUUAUGCAUGAUUAGUUAUUUCUGAUACCGGUCGUUCACCUGUUCUACUGUAUAGGUCAGUUAGAAUCUACAACCUUUUUAUUUGCCAAAGAUUGUUUUAUUUUGAUACAAUGUGUGUUUAAUUACAUAUUAUUUAAAGAUAAAUGUAACUUUUUUGUGAUCAGAACAGAUGUGCUAGAUAAUUAAAUGAUGUACUACACUUCAUCGAAUGUAAAGGUGAUCACUUUGAAGAUGCCGUCCCAACUUCAUAUAGUUUAGGAAAUACAGGGGUAGUUCUUUAUUCCGCCCUUCCUACAGGUAGAAUAUUGCACUCUAUAUGCAUCUUCAUAGAUUUAGGGGAAAUGAAAUAUUGAAUCAGUUUGAGAUUUUUUAUAAAAUUAUAAUCAUACAAGUUCUUCAGAAAAGACAUGUUGUCUGUGGGAGUGGGAGGCAGGGGAGGGGGUAUAUUGGAGUGGAAGUGGGGUAGGGAUUGAGUUUCUUUUGAGACAUGUAUAACCGAACCAUGUAACACCCCGACAGCAUAUAUGAAUGUAAUUAUACGGAAUUAUGUAGAGGGUAAACAUAUACUGUUAUGAUCAUGAAAAAGUAGAUUUUAUCUGAUUCCUAUCACAAAGAAUGCAGCUUUUUAUAUACAUAUUUUUCAAGACUGUUUAUAGAUAUGUUUCUACAAAACCUCCUUUUAGCUAAUGAAGACACAAAUAUACCAUUACUUGGUUCAGUUAGUGGUGUCCUUUGUUGCUUAGAUAAAAAGACACAGCUUUUGCAAGAUUUUUUAAAACAACACUAAGAUGUUUUUAUUAACAAUUUAAUGAUUUUACAUUAUGUUUUCAAUAUGGUAUUUAUAAAUUUGGAAUACUUGCCUAUUUCUAAGUAUAUUUAAAGUAUUUAAAAUUAUGUUUGCCUUAUUCUUUAAAAAAAAUGCUUCACUAAAUCUGCUUGAAACAUUUAUUAUAAAGCAAAUCAAAAGUGUAAAUGAAAAAAAGGUAUAUUUUUAUAAAAAUACUGGCUUUUUUUCUUGUUAAAAGUGAAAAAUAUCUGGAGACAAUCAUUAGCUAGGUAUACAAAUCAGUACUAGGUAUGUGUGUUAAUUAUAGAAUAAUAGGACAGCAAAAUGCUUCCUUUUAUUCGUACACGUUUACAUGAAUAGGCCAAUAUGAAUUAAUUAUAGGGUAACAGUAUUAUCAAAUAUUGGGAUUUGUUGAUUUUGUGUAAAACAUUUUUACCACUCAAGAUUGAAAAACUUGAAUACUUAAGGGACAGGAGUAUAUGUUUUUCAUUGUUUUAGGAGUGAAAGAAACUCUAUGAUGUAAUUGAUUCUGGCCUUGUGAAGUUGUUGAGUUUUUAUUUGUGAAUACAUAUGAGCCACGCCAUUAGAAAAUCAACAUAGUGGGUUUGCGACCAGCAUGGAUCCAGACCAGCCUGCGCAUCUGCGCAGUCUGGUCAGGAUCCAUGCUGUUCGCUUUUAAAGCCUAUUGAAAUUGGAGAAACUGUUAGUGAACAGCAUGGAUCCUGACCAGACUGCGCGGAUGCGCAGGCUGGUCUGGAUCCAUGCUGGUCGCAAACCCACUAUGUUGGUUUUCUCAUGGCGCAGCUCAAUUAUGUAUACUAGAGAGAAUCGUAUGACAGGGUUAGAGAAAAGAAAUUAUAUCUCAUUGUUAUUGUAUAGAAUUCAUUAUAUAGUUGCAUAAAAAAACAGACUUAAAUCAAAAGUAGGUGUUAGUUUUAUUGUAUUGUUAAUGUCAUUUACUCAAAGAGAAUGUUCAUCACUUUUCUAUACUCAUAAGACUUGAAUAAUACAAAAUUUUCACCGUCAAUUACAAAACAAAACACAGAGAUGUUUUAGGCAGUAACUUGAUCAUGGAGCUUUAUUUAACCUUAAAUGGCAACAUGCUUCAGUGUUUGGUUAUAAAAGCCUUACAAUAGAACUUUACUUUGAUAUAAAAUCAUCUUUUUACAAAAAAAGGUUAAGGCAAAAAUGUAUAUUCAAGUUUUAGUAGUUGGAGAAUGAGUGUUGUCUGGCGUAUCACUGUGUCAUUGUACGUAAACAGUUUUGUACAUAAGAUGUAUACAUUUGUUACAUGCAUUUUAAAAACAAGAUCAAUCUCUUUUCAUAGACAAAAGGUUAUUUCUUUUUUAGUUUAAUUUACAGAGAUUUUAUUAUAUGAAAUACAAAUAUGUACCCAUUGUACAGAGAGAUAUCUUGCAGUUAGCUUUAGUCUUUAUUAUAGUUAGGUUAUUUUACCAAAGACAUUUUAUUUACCAAUGUAGUCUCACAUUAUAAAAUGCAUACGUUCAGUGUGUAUUGCCGAGGUUAGGAGCCCUUUGAAUGAUCAGUGCAACAAAAAGUUGGCCCGGGAGUCAAAAUGUACCUGUUGAUUCAAACACAGUAUACAGUAAAACCAGCUUUAGUGGUCACCUCUGUUAAGCAGCCAGUGUCUCAUUUUCCAAAAUGGUCAUUCAUUCUAUAAAUUUCCCGCAUUAAGCAGCCACUUUUUCCCAUUCCCUUGGCUGGCUGGUUUUUAUUAUAAUUAGGUUAUUUUACCAAAGACAUGUAUAUACCAUAAAGUCUCACAUUAUAAAGUGCAUACAUUCAGUGUGUGUAUCGGAGUUUAGGAACUAAAGACAGGUUUUACUGUACACAGCUAAGCACAGUUAACAUCAGUAAGUGCAAUGAAGCCAAUUGGAAAGUAAUUAGGAUGCCACAUUAAAAACUAUAACGUUUAUUGGUCCACAGCAAAAGUAUAAUCGUUUAUUUUUUAGACUGCUUUGACAGUCCUUUUUUCCAUUUAAUUUGGAUGCAUUGUAGAUGCAUGUCCAAUAGUUGAAGUUUAUUAAAUGUUCACAUUUUGAUUGAAAUGGAUCUGAACUUUGUCUGUAGUCAAAUGUAGAUGUUUAAAAAAAAAUAGGAAGAAAGUAUUAAGAAAAAAUUGAUAUUAACGCAAAUUGUCUCGUGGUUGUGAAAUAUUACUAGAUAUGUUCACAAGUUAGCAAUAAGGAAUUGAAAAUGUUAUGUAAACAUAGCUAAUCAUUCUUAUAUUGUAUGUUUUACAUGAAACUUUGUAAGAAGUAGGAAUUCAUCUAUUUUUGUUGGUUUCAAAAAGUCAUGCAAACAAAAAAACAAACAGCUAAUCAAACCAGAAUAUUUUACAUACUCCCUUUAAACUUUUUAGAAUUUUUUAUUUAGUCCCAUCUUAGAGCAAUAUGUAUUUUACAAACACAUCGAUUUUCAAUUCCCCGGAUGCCUCAUGAGUCACAUUUGUGUCGGUGAUAUUACAUAUUAGUCAACAUGAUAAACUAUAAACAUGUGUUCAUUUGAAUUCCCAUUUAAAAGUACAUAUAACUACGUUGCAACUUGAAGAAAAGGUUUGGUUUAUCAUUUCAUUUUUUGUAUUUAAACAUUGUCCCGGAUUUUAAUUCAUUCUUGAAUUGAUGUUGGUCUCAUGAAAUGUGUGACACAGCUGGCAGCAAGAAAAGUCUGUUAAAUGUAUCAAGAACUGGUUAUUAGAUAGUUCAAUGCAGAAAGUUUGAAAAAUAAUUUUAAGGUGUUCUCUUACUGGGACAUAUAUCUGAAAAGUUUCAAACUUGAUUAGAGUAACUUACUGUUAUAGACUCCAAUAUCAUUUAACUGUGUAGAAAAUUACAGUUAUAAUACAGUUGAAUCCCUGUGUCUCAAAUUCCAUGGGAUCGAGCAUUUUACUUCUAGAUAACCAAAAUUCGACUUAAAAUAUUUUGGGCAAUGUUUGCGUUUUUCUUGACAGGACUUGAAAAUGUUGUCAAGAUAGCCGCCAUUUUGAGAAAAGCGAUUUUGAGAUACUGAUUUUCAACUGUAUUAUAAUAUUGUAGGUGGUUAAUGUUGCCUGGUGCCUCUAUAUGUGCAGAUUCAACAAAUGAUCUGAAUUCCAUACAAGGUUGCCAUAUGAUAGAUUCUUGCCUUAGUUUGUAAACACUUUGUUUCACAGUAGAAAUGCUCAUAGAUUUUAUACAGGUUCGGUCAUAUAUCAAUUUAUUUGACAUUUUGUUUUGUUUUUGUAUUAUUUUGGAGUAGCGUGUUUACUUGCCUGUAAGUUGAUCAUAGCUGUUAGUUAGAGCAUGUUGAGUGCCUUUAACUGCUAAAGAGGUCGCUUAAAAGGCAGGUAAAUACGGUACUUGUUUGUGACAUUGAUAGGGUAAUCUUGUAUAUACAGAGUUGUAUUUCAUUAUUAGGAUAUGGUAUAUUUAAACUAACAUGGAACUGGUUGUGUGAAGUGCAGUAUGCAUUGCCGUUUAACAAGUUUUUUUUUGUUUUUUUUUUUUAUUUUUAAUGGCACGCAGAAUUUCCCACCGAAAUAGAAAUAUUGGAAAUUAGAGUUAAAUCUUCUUGUUAAAUUUAAGUUCAUAUCUAUCACAUGUCUUUUAGUAUUACCUCAUUAACUUAAAGCUUGCCUCAUUUUUUUUUAUUAUUUUUUUUUUUUUUUACUUCAAAGAAACAGAUAUUUAAGCAUUGAUAUUCCAUUUAACGCUUAUGGUUAUUACUGAACCGAAAGUGGGGAAAAGUUAUAAUCUGUCCAGUUAACUACGUGAAACACCAGAAAUCACAUGUAACCAUGCAGAUUUGAUACUGUUAUUCAUUUCUGAAAUGAAAGAGAGAUUGGUCCGUCAGUGUAUUGUGCACAUUGUCAAUUUACUUAGUAGGAUUUUGCAUAACGUCUGUUCUUGAAAGUAAAAAAUAGAGAAAGAAAUUUAGCUCUAGGUUAAGAGUUGGGUCCAUAUUUUAUUUAUUUAUUUUUUUUAACAUCACCGAAUCGUAGAAAGGAAGAGUUGUUUAAGAAGUAUAAAGCAUGUAUAUUAUUGUACAACAUGAUUGCCAAUUACCUGAUAUAUGCCAUGAAUUUCAGAAAAGAUGCAUGAAGGGACUACACUUUCUGAUAGUGCAACCCCCUUGUAAAAACACCAUUUUCAAAGAACUGUUGCAUAUGUCAGCAGUGUUGAAUGUUCACAUAACUAUGUUUAAACAUUGUUAAAUGUUUAUUCUAUUUCUUUACAAAUGGCAAUUUUUUUAAAGGGGGACAACUUUUUGAGAAUGAUUUAAGUAUCUGGUAGAACUGAAUAGUAAUGGGCAGUAUGGUAAAACAUGUUGGACAUGUUAAUUGUUAGUAAACAUGUUGCUCUGUUUUUACCAUCAAUUGUGAGAAAUAUAUUUUACAAUUUUAUAUUGCUUUUUUAAGGAUCAGUGAUGUCUAUUACAUAAAUGUUAUAACAUUUAUUCAUUUACAGUACUUGUUUCCUUGGUAUAUAUAUUUGCAAAUGGCAAUCUUCUGAAUUUGCGGUUUUCAGACUAAGGCAUAUUUAUCAUUUUUAGAGCUUGGACAUUAUUGUAAAUAUAUAUAUGAGCCAUGCCACGAGAAAACCAAUAUAGUGGGUUUGCGACCAGCAUGGAUCCAGACCAGCCUGCGCAUCUGCGCAGUCUGGUCAGGAUCCAUGCUGUUCGCUUUCAAAGCCUAAUGCAAUUAGAGAAACCUUUAGCGAACAGCAUGGAUCCUGACCAGACUGCGCGGAUGCGCAGGCUGGUCUGGAUCCAUGCUGGUCGCAAACCCACUAUGUUGGUUUUCUCAUGGCGCGGCUCAUAUAUAAAAAAGUGCAGGUACUAUACAAUCAUAUUCAUAACUGUCCGGAAGUGAGAUGCCUUGCUUGUGUACUUUUCCUAAGGCAUAUUUCAAUAGGGGGGAAAAAAACAACCUUUGUAGCAUAAUAAACAUGUUUAAUUUCAUAUAAAACACAUAACUUUCUUUCUGUGAUUUGGUGAUACACUUCUAAACCUUAAAAGGAAAUUUAAAUCCGGGCAUAUCUAUUUUAGUUUUUGAGAUUUCUUCAUAUUCAUAAACAGUUUCAAAGUAUGUUUUUUCUCUUUUUGAGUAUUUUUCAAGAAUGGUUGCUAUGGUAAUAGUACUGAAACAUAUCAGUGUUACGUUAUUAUAAAGUAAUGUUGUUUGAUUUGUUAAGUGUGCAAAGUAUUGUUGCUAUGGUUUCAUAUUGUAACCGUGGUGAUGUAUUCAUGUUUCUGUGGUUACGCACUGAUGUCUCCUACACACAGUAUCUCAGGAAUAUAUGUCAACUUUUAUGUUACCCUGGUUACCAAGCAAACAUAGAGGCUCUAUAAAUAGAUUUUUUUUCUUGUGUUUAUCACUCGUGUUUUUUCAAAACUGCAAAGUCACCAAACAAACUUACGUUACUUGUGAACUGUUAAAUGUUAGAUGGAAAAGCAUAUUAUUUAUUUGAGAUACAUGUAUAUCAUUAUAUAUGUUACAUGUAUAUGUCUUACAUGUACACAAAUCAAAAGACUGUGAUGAUAUGUAAAGUAAUAAAAUGACAAUAUACAAUCUGUUAAGUGUACAGCAAAGUUUUUCUCUGUGUAUUUUUGAGUUCUGUUAUUUUAUCAUAUGUGUGAUAACAUUGCAUAAAUAAAAUGUAUAUAGCUAGUGUGACAUUCACAGUCAAAUUACAGAAAUGUGGGGUGUGAAAAAUGGAAUGUCAGCUGUUGUUUUUUUUUUUUUCUUGUGAAAAUACAUAGAAUUUGUGCCUACAAGACAGUAUUGUGAUUAUAAAUGAAUAUGAUAUAGUAUGAAUACCUUGUUCGGAUACAUGCAGUAGAUAAAAAGUAUUGCCAGUGUUGGAAUAUAACAUUUAACUAGGGAUUUUUGAAGGAACAUAGUUUUAGAUACAAUUGCUGAAAACCAUUAUAAUUUCUGAGUUAUGGUCUGUCAUUUAGGAUUAGUUUGUAUUUCUGCAGAUAGAUAUUCGAAGAGCAUAUUCGAUAUGGGAAUUUUCAAAUAGAAUCAUAAAAAUACAACAGAAAGGGAAGCAGAAUUAAGAAACCCAGAAAGAUACGGUACUUUGCAGUAAACUAAUAAAUACCACAAGCAUUACCCGGGAAAUUUCUGAUGAAUUUGGAAGUAGAAAGUAAACAUUAUAUUAGGAUAUGUCAAAUAAGAAAUAUAUUCCAUUUCUAGAUAUACAAAGAGCUAUAUACCCUAUACCAGAGUUUAUCCUUUGUAAGGAUACAUGCAAAUGUAAAAAAAAAAAACAUAUGAGCCGUGCCGUGAGAAAACCAACAUAGUGGGUAUGCGACCAGCAAGGAUCCAGACCAUCUGCGCAGUCUGGUCAGGAUCCAUGCUGUUCGCUUUCAAAGCCUAUUACAAUAAGAGAAACCGUUAGCGAACAGCAUGGAUCCUGACCAGGCUGCGCGGAUGCGCAGGCUGGUCUGGAUCCUUGCUGGUCGCAUACCCACUAUGUUGGUUUUCUCAUGGCACGGCUCAUAUUUUAUAAGAUAUUGUGUGAGGGUUUAUACAUGUAGAAAAGUACGACAGCUAUAAAGGUACUAAAGUUUUUUUCUACAUCACAUACCUAGUCUAUGUAAGGAAUUUUUCAAUAUCUUAAUUGACUGUUUAACCUUUAGCAUGCUAGGUAAAUUGUCGUCUGCUGGAAAUGUCGUCUGCUAAAAUUGUUAAGUUCAUUCAAUUUGCUCCAAAAUUGGAAGAAAUAUUGUCAGAGUAGCAAACAGCUUGGAACCUGAUCAGACGCCGAUUUAAUCGGCGUCUUGAUCUGGUUCCAAGCUGUUUGCAAAGGCUGUUAAAUUCGCCUGCAGCAGGCUAAGGGUUAAUAUUAGAUAAAAUAACAUGUGGGACAAAUUUCAGAAUCACAAAUAUAAAUGUGCUACAUACGUGAUAAUAUUAUUUCAAGACACAAAAUACAUGACAUUGUUUGAGAAAAGUGCUUCAAAAUUUAACUGUAGAUAUAAAUAUUAUGGUCAGAGAAGUAGUAAUUGGAUCUUAAAAUAUUUUUGUAUUUGUGAGGUAUAGAUACAGUAAAUAGAAAAUUUUAAAAGGUCCAGAUUUUCCAGCAAGCUUAUGACCUAGUAAUCUGAACUGAUGUUCCAAGGCAAUCUUAAUGGUUUAUGCUUGCCUGUGAUACAGUGAGCAGUCUACUACAAAUUAUGUAUCAUUUUUACAAUCAUUGUGUAUAAGUUCUGGAAAAGCAAUAAUUGUAUAACAUUUUGUUUGUCUAUUAUUUCAGUAUCAUGGUUGAAUAUUUUUUUCUUGAAUAAAAUAUUGAUUAUCUAGUACAUCUAAAAUUUAGGGGGACAACAGGAAAAAUAGAAUGUGAAAUGAGUGGUAGAUGUGCAGAUCACAUCACUGAAUAUACUAAACUUCCAGAUACUAAACUGCAUUUUAUUUUAAUGGAAUAGGUUGUUUAUAUAUAUCAAAAAAGUUCAAAUUUCCAUUUUGUCAUCAUUAAUAAACACUAUUUUGAAAUAUUGAUAUUGUUCAAGAAAUUCACAAUUCAUCAUAGACUGGAACAGAACAGUAUAAAUAGAGAAUGCUGUUCUUUUAAUUCAUUUAGGAUGUUCGGUUUUUUAACCCAUACCAUGCUGGACAUGAUUGGUUCUGCCUCUGUGACCAGUGUAGAUCAUGAUCUGCACUGUUCACUAUUCAGCCAGUAUCUUUUUUGGUAAGCACCCCUUUAAACAGUAAAUGGUACUGUCCAGAUUCGAAGAUGGACAAGUUCAUUAUAGAAAUUUAGCAGGGUAAGUGUUAAACGGGACAUUUCAAAUUUUAGAUGUUUAGUUAUAUAUUACAGGAUCUAGUCCACAUUGUAAAGAAAAUCAAAACAUAGUAUCAGUAUCUUUCAUGUAGUUGUUCAAAUGUUACUGGAUGUAUUAUAUACUGGAGAAAUUAUGUUAUUAAAUUGUUCGUUUUGAAGACGGUUGAUUUAUUUUGCAUUUUCUGAGAAAAUCAUGUAUUAUAAUGUAACAGGUUUUGUUUUUAGUGGGUUCAGAGUCCAUUCAAGUUGGUUUUUACUUUGUUUGACUUUAACCUUUAGCCUGCUAUAUUUCUAAAAAUGGACUGGUCCAUCAUUCAAUUUGGGCAGUACCAUUUAUUAUUCGAAAGGGUGUUCAAUGAAAGUUUUUUGACUGAAUAGCAAAUAGUGCAGACCGUGUGCUGGCUGAUCUUGGUCUGCACUGGUCGCAAAAGCAGAAUCACUUGCCGGCAGCAGGCUCAAGGUUAAUAUGUAUGUGAAGGGAACUUAAGCAAGUUUUUAUUUUUUCAUGAAGAAAACAUAAUCUGUUUGCCAGUAUUUUGGUUUGAGAAGUUUGUAUUACGUUACAUGUCGUCAGUUACUAUUGUACAGAUAAAUAUGACAAUAAAAAGCAUUGAAUCAAA